CGACCACCUCUUGACGUGUGCUAUUUCCGCUCUUUACCUUCAUCCUCUUUCAAGUCACACCGCUCACCGUACAGACGCCUUCACUCUAUCCCCUCGCUUAUCUGUUACACCAACGAAUUUGCUUCCCUUCUUUUGACGCGGCACACCAACAACUUGGAGUACUGUGCGCCCAAUGACUACUACAACAAAUGGAAAUCUGGAGAGGGGAGACUACAAAAAUGUCGCGCUUGAAGAGGAGGACGUCGUCGAGAUGAAGAAGCAGUUGGCCACGGGGUCUUCAAAGGAGACGCACCAGUCUGUAUCUUCCUUUGCUCCCAUAGCGUGCUACUGCGCUGCAUCCAUUCUCAUGACCGUCGUCAACAAGUACGUCGUGUCCGGACGCAAUUUCUCCAUGAACUUCCUGCUGCUAUGCAUACAAUCUUCCGUCUGCGUGGCAUGCGUCUUAACCGUCAAGAAAUUCGGUAUCAUCUCCAUCCGCGCCUUCGAUGUGCAGGACGCAAAGGCGUGGUUCCCCAUCAGCUUCCUCCUCGUCACCGUCAUCUACACCGGUUCCAAGAGUCUACAAUUCUUAACCAUCCCCGUAUACACUAUCUUCAAGAACCUGACCAUUAUUCUCAUUGCUUAUGGAGAGGUUCUCUGGUUUGGCGGUCGUGUUACCGCAUUGACACUGGUUUCCUUCCUCUUCAUGGUUGUCUCCUCUGUCAUCGCAGCAUGGUCAGACAUCUCCAGCGCCAUGAACGACGCACUUGUCGUCGGGCAACCCGCUGCUGUAGCCGGUGGCCUUACUUCCGUCACCAACGUCGUCUCAACCCUCAACGUCGGCUACUUUUGGAUGUUCGCGAACUGUUUCACCAGUGCGGCAUACGUGCUCGGUAUGCGCAAGAGGAUCAAGGUGACAGGGUUUUCGGACUGGGACUCUAUGUUCUACAACAACCUGCUCUCAAUUCCUGUUCUCCUGUUGUUCUCGUUCAUUGCCGAGGACUGGGGUUCCGAGAGCCUUAACCGUAACUUCCCUCCCGAGACGCGCAAUCUGCUCCUGUUUGCCAUUGCUUUCUCAGGCGCCGCCGCCGUUGGUAUUUCGUUCACAACAGCAUGGUGUAUUCGUGUCACGAGUAGCACAACCUACAGUAUGGUCGGGGCACUAAACAAGCUGCCAGUGGCGGCUUCCGGAAUGAUCUUCUUUGGAGACCCAGUGUCUUUCGGGUCGGUCUCUGCUGUCUCUGUUGGAUUCUUUGCUGGGAUCGUGUACGCUGUGGCGAAGAACAACCAGAAGAAGGCAGAGGCGGCAGCGAAGGCACCUGAGAGUAUCAUCCCCUUGUCGACUCGCAAGCCAUGAUACUGUAUUGGAUUGUGUGGGUGUAUCCUUUGCGUGUGUUUCGUUGACGGAGAAUGACGGAGCGGCUUGGGUGGUAUAAUGGACGUAUGUAUGCUCGCGGUCAGGCGGAGACCCGAGUGUAGCUUCUUGUGUUCGGUUAUCUGGUCUCUUUUCACAACAUCGGUUUCACUCCUAGAGAUAUUAUACAUGGAUUUCGAUUGGUUCGGA